AUGGAGAUUCCGAUGUGCGACUUCGUGCUGUGUUUCGCCUUGCUCUACGUGAGUGGAAUCCAGGCGAUCCUAGGCAGUUCUUCUGCGCACCACCGCUACGGCGAAAGUUUCCUUCUCUACUUGAGACACAUCGACAGCGCGAACGGAGCGCCUCUAGAGGUGAAAUACCGCGGCACGCGCAGCGGCGACGCGGCGGCGACAGCGACGACGACAGACGAUGACGCUGCGUCGUCGCGACAGCAGGAUCUGCUCGCCGAUAUCUGGACGUACAUCGAACGCGUGCAGACGAACGCAGCCGAGAACUGCACGCGCGCGUCCCUCGCGACGCAGUACGGCUACGAGUUCCCGCGACAGUCGUACCUGCGCUUCGAGUCGCAGGCGACGUCGGCGAUCAAGACGGCGAACGUUCUCAACAAUCUUUUCCAGACGUCGACGUCGGUGAACCUGCUGCGCAGCGACGCGCUCUACUACGCGAUGGUCGGCUCCCUCAUCGAGACCGACUCGACGCUGUACGGCGCCGCGAUCGCCUUCGAUCAGGACGUCUACCCGGAUAAAACGCGCAAGUUGUUCUGCGCGUACGCGUACCGCCAGGAGGACAGUAGCAGCGGUGGUGGGGAAACGAAGGUUGAAGACCUCAGCCUCGCCUACAACUACACCGACAACAGUACGGUCGGUAACGGAUGGUUUCGCGAGCAGAAGUACAAGGCGCACGACCCGAGUCGGCUGCUGCAGAAGGACCGGAAGUACAGCGGUUCGGGCGCGUCGAACUUCCGGGCCGUGCGCGGCGGGGUUCCGCUGCGGUUGGUUACGGAUGUGGACGGAGUCUGGAGUAGUCCCUAUUUCGAUUGCGGACUGAGUAAUCGCUGGACGGUGACGUAUUCGAUACCGUUCUACGAGUGGGACGGAUCGGACCAUUUCCGCUUCAUGUGA